UCCUGCAUCCUCGCAUCGCAUUCCCCUGCUCACGCCGGCCUGCCGCUCGCUCGUGCGGGCCUACGUUGUACCACCAAGAUAUCGAUAGACAGCAAGUAGUAUAACUUACGCAAGAAAACCCAAGAAAAUGAAGACUCGCAAAAUCCUCGCUCGGUCGCCAAAGGGCGGCUGCCGCGAAGCCUAACUUAUACGACUCUGGCGUCGGUGGCUACCGAUGCCGGGGGCUAUUAUCUGUCGUCGUCGAAUUUUUCGUCGUCUUGGCUGGCUCCCCGGGUGCGCACGCAGGCGCUCUACCACGUCGUGUGUCUUGGAUUUUGGGACUUUGCUCGCAUCAUCGUAUCUGGUCUCCCCCUGUCGUGUCGAUCACCUCCCCCUACUCCAUUUCUAUCAUACCGUGUCCCCGCUGCCGUUUCUGCUUUUGUUGGCCGGGGACGUAUUACGCUCGCCGAGGUACUUCGUUUGCCCCCCUUCCUUCGCUCCGCUCCCCCCUCCCCUUCCUCCACACGCCUCUACCCUCGGCGAGCUGCUCAGGUGUAUCAAUAACCACAAUGUCGAUUACCUCGUCGUCUCCUCUUCGGUUCUACAGUUGUACCCUAUUUACUCCGUCCGGCAGCGUUGUGAGGUAGCUCGCGGCGCCGCCGGCGGGGGCCCGUAUUGUUACGAUAGACCUUGUCUACUAUUUACGCCUCUUCCUUCCGAGUUUAUUUUUUCUUCCUCGAGACCCGUUCUCCCCUUCCGCUAUCUGUGCAUGACUUAUUGUGGGCGUCUUGCCGGUGUACGCUGUUGGACUGCUGUGAGUGUCAUUCCGAGCCCAGAGUCCGUGAGUGCUGUAACUGACCUGCGCUUCCUCACCAGCCCCGUCUAUAUUAUACAACAUAUCGCGCAUACCCAACACUACUCCCCAAUACUGUCCACCCGCCGGGCCCUCGUCACUGGCGCUCCCUCGCGAGCGUCAGGCUGUACAUACAAGAUAUCUGGCGACACCCGGUGGUCUUGGGUCUCACACCACACUCCAACAACACUACCACGCUCCUUAAAUCCAAUGGAAUCCUCUUGUUGUCCUAGUUCGCCGAAUACGUAUAUAUACAACAACGACUUAGACCUGUGUCUCGAUCGCCGUGGAUCGCCCCUCCCGACGUGGAGGGUGCGAUGUGUCCCUCAGCUACGUGUUUCCGGUUCUGGUUCCCGUGUCUCCUAUUCCCUUCCCAGUGUCCGUAUUCCUACCCGACUCCUUCGCCUCGUGGUCGACAUUUGACCCUCGCUCUGCAUCGCGCCUCCGCACGGCGCAGCGGUACACCGGCACUCACCCACUUGUAUCAGUACGGCCGUCGUCAUCUGUACCGCUAGCCGCAUCCAUACCCGCACUCGUAUCCACUCUCCGCUGUAUCUGGCUCUCGCUCUCGCAUCGCUGCAUCUCACCCCCUCACGCAUGCCUUUUACGCCAUGUCACGAUUAUGCGGAGUGCGUUGGGUCGGUCGGCGGAGCAG